AUGUUGUUUUCUACACGACCAGUAGCACAAGUGCGUCGUCAUGGCAACAUGUCGGCCUUGGAGGGUGAUGCGGUUAUCAACCCAUCAUCAGCUGUGGAUAUUUUCAAACCAUCCAAGCAAGUUACAAGCACACGGUCACCACCAAAGUUGCUUCGAGGAAUGGCUAUGCAUAAAGCCAUGCAGCAUGUGUACGGCUUACCGGCACCAACGUCUACUACUACUACAGCAGCAACAACAUCAUCAUCAUCAUCUUCAUCAGCAUCAUCGGCAUCUUCAUUACCUGCAUCUUCAUCAACUGCAUCUUCAUUGUCAUCUGCAUCUUCAUCACCAGCAUCUUCAUCUGCAUCUUCAUCUGCAUCUUCAUCAUUGGCAUCAUCAUCUGCAUCUUCAUCAUCUACAUCAUCUUCAUCAUUGGCAUCUGCAUCAACCACAUCAUCUACAUCAUCAUCAUCAUCAUUGGCAUCUGCAUCAUCCACAUCAUCAUCAUCUGCAUCUUCUUCUUCAUCAUCAUCAUCCAUUGACGAGCUUUGCGAAGCUCUCGACAGGCUCGACAUCUAUGAGCCAGACAUCGACGUGCCGGAUGCUGUUCCUGGCACUCCUGAACCACAAGAAGUUGUAGAGAAUGAGGACACAGGUUCCUCAGAGCAAGCACAAGCCAUCCAAGACGUGCAAGAUGCAAUCAUGGCAUCUCCACCACCAUCACCACCGCCAUUGCCACCGCCAUUGCCACCGCCACCACCGCCACCAUUGCCAUUGCAACCACCACCACCGCCACCACCGCCAAUUUUGUAUACCCAAGAGAUACCACAGCAAGCAGCCAUCAUCUAUCCGGAAGUCUUGCCGGAAGUAGUAGUAGCAGCAGUAACAGCAGCAGCAGCAUCAGCAGCAUCAGCAAUACCUGUUGCAACAAGCACAGAGAAUGAGUGGGAUGCCACUAGCCCCACGUCCAAGGCCACCACUACCAAUACGAAGGCCACUAUCACCACCUCCAAGGCCACCAUCACCACCUCCAAGGC